AUGCUGCUCCAUAUCAGCGACACCAAUGGCGAGAACAAUUUGCUAGAGUGGAUGCUAUCGGGCCUCCAAAACACCGACAUAUGUCCUGGGACCGCGUCCCUCCACCCGGCUGCUGAUGAGGCCCAAAUCAGCCUGUGUCGUCUGUCGGGAACAACAUGCGAUUUCUGUACCGAGAGGAAUCUGCAGUGCAUUGUGAGUCAGGAAGCCGACUUUCCAGAAGAUGGCUACGAGCCGAUCGUGCCUCGACGGAUCCAUGCUCUAACGCACAAGUCCAGGCUCCUGCCGCCCCUGGACUUGUGCGAGGAGCUGAUCAAUCUCUAUUUCCGCUACAUCCAUGUGUCGUUUCACGUCUUGUUUCACAAGCCGUCCUUUUUGGCCGCUUUCAAGAACGGCUCGCUGUCGAGGAUCCUCCUUUUCGCCGUCAUCGGCAUGUCAGCCCGCUUUUCGCAGCACGAAAGCCUAAUCAAGGCAUCACCUCGGGAGCGAGGCAGACCCUUCACCAAAGAAGCAGAGCGUUUAUUGAAUCUACACGACAUCUCCCUCACCACCAUCCAAGCUUGCCUGUUGCUGGGAGCGUCCGCCGUGGUCGAGGGGGAAGGGGCGACAGAAUCUGUUUACUUCAGUAUUGCUUGCCGCAUGGGAAUGCUUCUAGACCUUCCUAACGCACCGGUCACAACGCGAAUCCAGCAAGAGCUCAACUUUAGAGUAUGGUGGGCGUUGUACGAAACGGACACAUGGUCAUCGACGGGAGUGCGAUUGCCGAAGAUGAUGCCGUUGCGCAAUGUGCCGCUCCCGAUGGCCGAGAAGAGAUUCCUCGAGCUUUCGUCCACCGCACCCCCGAACCGAACUUACAUCGCCAACCGCGGAUCCCCAACGGCGAAAUCACCCAUUCCACAGGACUCGCUGAUAGCACAUUCGGUGAUGGUAAACCAAAUCUUCUCUCAGAUCGACGAGGUCAACUCACGAGCCGUCUCCGGUGAGCUGCACGGCGCCGAGCUCACACAGGCUGUCGAGCGUGUGUCGGUGGAGCUGAAUUCCUGGGCCUGUAGCCUUCCGGACAGGAUGGUCAACACGCCGGAGAACCUCGUGUACUGGACAAGGCAAGGUUUCGGUAACAUAUUUGUCGUCCUGCACAUGGACUAUUGCCACCUGUGCCAGAUCCUCUUUUACCAGUUCCUCCACGGCAGCGCGAAUCAAGCAUAUCACCACGAGGACCAGGACCAGCAUCAGCUGAGGAGUCAGUACGCCCAGAAAUGCCGCAAAUACUCCACGGACGUUUGCAAUCUCAUCCACCUAGCGAGCGAGACCGAGGGGGCCGAACUCCUCAACUCGAUCGUCGGCCACGUCCUGACCAUCGCCUCCACCGUUCAGCUGCACAUCCUGCUCUUCAGCGACGAUGCAGCGGACGUGCACAGUGCGCGCAGACUGCUCGAGCGCAACUUCGAGCUGCUCACCCGCUUGAAGACGUUCUGGCCCUGCAUCGACAUCUCGUUUGCCCGGUUCGAGGCCUUCCACAAGGCCUGCCUGCGCUGCCAGGACGACUCGCACUUCCAGAUGGAUCAGUGGAUGCUCAAGUUCAUGCUCGAGUUCGCGGCGCCUCUCACUGAGAGAUAUGAAGAGGAAGGAGGUGGCGAGGAGAAUUUCCAGCGCCCGUGGUCUUUGAUCAGCACUGCAAUUUAGCGGGAUACACAGAAGUACAAUGUGCUGAGCGCUGUGGGACAAACUACGAGAUUGUAUGCGACAGGUUCAUUUGUUCAGAUCAAGCCAUGCCGGAUGGAAACAGCAGCCACGAAUGUCCCAGCACCAGAUGUCCAGGGAGGUGUGGGAGAACGACGUUUGAUCGAGUUCAGUCCUUCCAGCGCCCGAUCCCUGAGCGCUUUGUGGCCAGGGUCUUAUACCCUUGGCCUCCCCGGAACUUUGCUCCAACACCCCGCGUGCCCGCCGAUCUUAGUUCUAGGAGGGGAUCCAACUUUAUCCCGACUGAACUGCAAAGUCCUGGAGACCAUGAGGAGUUUCGUAAGCGGGCGUUGGGGGGUUGGGUGCUUAGAGGGGCUGAGGACCACGUCUAGCAAUCAGUGAGAGGGAACGGAGGCAGGGUCUCAUCUGAAAGAAGCGGCACAAGUGGUAUUAACACGGGUAGAUGCUGCCCUUCUGUCGCCUAGCAUAAGAACCACGAUAGGGCUUGCCACCUAGUUCGAAGGCAACACACCAUUCAGCGGUUUGAAACUAAAGGAGCGUGUUCCACCAUCCACACGAGCUGCCGACCAUAUUUCCCCACUGGAUGAUCAUCCCACAACUG